AACUAUCCAUUGGGACCACAGCUGUGGCUCGGUGAUAAAGCCAGCUUUGCCUGAUUGAGGCCCUGGGUUAAAUCUCUGGCAUCAUACACAGAAAAGCCACAGUUGGACUCAUCUAAUCUGCUCUUGGCUUCAGGAAAUAGGCUUAACUUUUUUCUUCUGGGUGGUGGGUCAAACUCAAGGUCAAACUCAAAUACGCAAAGUGAGUACCUGCCAGAAUCAUAUCCCUGGUUUAAAGAAAACCAAUGAGUAGUAUACCUAAAUUUCCAAAUUAAUUUAAAAUGUGUAUGUGUGUGUUGCCUAAUUAAGGGGCGUAUACUGGCCAAAAAGAUAGCUCAAAUGGUAGAGCACAUGCUUAAGUACCAUACUGUGUCAAGUUGCCAGGAUGUAAUGAGAAAGUUAUUAUUAUAAUAACUUUAUUAAUAAAGUUAUCUAUUUUUUAUUAUUAUUUUGGCUUUUUGGGCCACACCUGGCGAUGCUCACUCAGGUCUUACUCCUGCUCUGCACUCAGGAAUCAUUCUUGGCAGUGCUCAGUGGCUGACCCUACGGAUACCAGGGACAGAGCUCAGGUCAUGCCUCACACACACACACACACACACACACACACACACACACACACACAUACAUAUGUAUAUAUAAACUUUAUUGAGUCAUAGUGAAAACAUAGUUAUAAGGUUGUUCAUGAUUGGGUUUCAGUUAUGUGCUCUAACACGUGUCCCUUCACCAGUGUGCAUUUCCCACCACUAAAGUCCCCAGUUUCCCUCCCUCUCCCUCCUGCCUCUGGCAGGCAUUAUGGUUUGCAAUAUAGGUAACUGAAAGGUUGUCCUAUAUAUCCCUUUACCUAUUUUGAACACUCAGUUCUUGUCCAGAGUGAUCAUUUCUAACUACUGUCAUAUUGGUCCUUUCUCUAUCCUAAGUGUCUUUUGCCCCCAAGCCACAUCUUUUAAGAAGCAAGCCUUUUCAUAGCAAUAGUUGAACAAAUACCUUAUUCUUUCCUUGCACUCAGCCAACCCAGGGAGAUCCUCAGCAACUCAGCCCCUCUGAGACCUGCUAGGAGGAAACCCUGAACACCUUUGGCGUGGCUCGCAAACUAAAACCCCUAUGCUUUAUACCUUCAUUUUACCCAAAGUAAUGGAAUUGGUGUUUUAAAAUCAGGCCUUGCUGGGCUGGAGAUGCACCAAAGGAACGGUAAAUUAUAUCUUGCACACCAAUACCUGGGGUUUUGUUUUAGGACCAUAUCCAGUGAUGCUCAGAGAUUACUCUGGGCAGUGUGGGAUGCAGGGAAAUCCAGCUUGCCUGCAAGCAAGGCAAGCGCCCCCUGAACUACUUCCAGCCCUAAUCCAACCUGGAUUAGAUCUCAGCACUACACUAAAAUUUUGGCUUUGUUUUUACAGUAGGUGAAAUACCAUGAAUAAAACACGUUUAAUAUUUUAGUAAAAACUAAAACUAGGUGGCUUAGUGGUAGAGUGCUUACCUUGUUUGUAAGAUUGAGUGCCAAUCCUUAGCACCAACCCCCCGCCCUAAAACUAAGAUCUCUUUAACUUAGUUUUAGAGGAAGCAAGAUUAACAAGCUUUUACUCAUUAAACACUGAGGGGGCCAGAGAGUACAGUGGGUAAGGCUCUUGUCUUCCAUGUCGCUGCCCCAAGUUUAAUCACUAGCGUCUUAUAUGGUUCCCAUAGUCUGCCUGGAGUGAUCCUUGAUCUGAGCACUGCUGGGUGUGGCCCUGAAACAUAAGAUUUUUUUUUUUUCUUUUUUGGGUCAUACCUGGCGAUGCACAGGGGUUACUUCUGCCUGUGCUCAGGGAACCAUAUGGGACGCUGGGCAUCGAACUCAGGACGGCUGCAUGCAAGGCAAACGCCCUACCUGCUGUGCUAUUGCUCCAGCCCCCAUACAUAAGAUUUUGCUUGAAGUAUCCCACAGCUGUGACAAAAGAAAGUUUAAAACCAAUGUGGGCCAGGGCCGGAGCAAUAGCACAGUGGGUAGGGCCCAGCAUCCCAUAUGGUCCCCUGAGCACUGCCAGGAAUAAUUCCUGAUAUGCAGAGAGAGGCAGGAGUAACCCCUGAGCAUCGCUGGGUGUGACCCCCCCCAAAAAAAAACAAUGUGGGCCAGAGAACAGGAAGUAAUGUGCUUACCAUAUUUGGCUAUCAUCGCCCCCCACCAAAAAAAAAAAAACACCCUACUUGAAUGCAGUGCUAUGGCUUCUACUGUUUGGAUACUUAGAAAAUGCCUCUAAAGCAAUGGGGUGGGGGCAGCGCAUGGAGCAAUAGCACAGUGGGUAGGCAUUUGUCUUGCACACGGCUGACCUGGGUUCGAUUCCCAGCAUCCCAUAUGGUCCUCUGAGCACCACCAGGGGCAAUUCCUGAGUGCAAAGCCGGGAGUAACCCCUGUGCAUUUCCAGGUGUGAUCCAAAAAGAAAAAAAAGAAAGAAUGGGGCCUGAGUGAUAAUACAGUUAGUACAGGGCAUUUGCCUUGCAAGUGACCAACACAGGUUCAAUCCUUGGAAGCCCACGUGGAUGCACCACCAGGAGUAACUAUUGAGCAUCACCUGGUAUGGCCCCCAAACAAAACGUUGAGAAUAAAAACCUUUUCACACUGGCCCCCACUUUGAACCUUGUUUCCUUCCUGUGAUCCUCCUGUCCUAUCGGUUGGCCCCCUAGUCUCAUUCUGUAAUCCCUGUCCCUUUUAGUUUUUAUCUUUUUGUUCCCUUGGGAUACCUAACAGCCUGUGGCUGGGAAACUCGGAAGUACUGCUUCUCUAAAAGUAGGCAUGCUACUUAUGAUUAUCCUUUUCUGGAUAGCCUGCCCUGCGAAUGAGCCAGAAACACUGUUCUCAUAGUUUAUUGCAAGCAAGUUUAGCUUUCUUGGACCACCUGAAAAAGCACUUUAUUAGAACAUAAUACAUGAUUAAUGGGCUUCGUACAGUAUGCUGAUUUUCAUUUUAGUGGAAACUAAAUUGGGUAGAAGGGAGUUAAUUCUUGCUCUUGUGCAUCCUGGGCUCACAGCAAAAGACGCACUAUACAAGGGAACUAAAUCUUGGGUGGGGUGGGGUGGUGGUGCUAAGGGUAUUUUGAAAAACAGACCAGGAAGUGGCUCAGUGGUAGAGUUCAUGCCUUGCAUAUGUGAGGCUUUAUGUAAAAUUAGCAUUUAUCUCAAAAAUAAAAACAUACUUUGCUGUUAACAAUCUGUUUGCUUAAAACCUUUUUUGGGGGGGGGGCUCUGGGGAGGUUCAUAUCCAGCAGUACUUAUGGCUACUCUGUUCAGGGGACCAUAUUUGGGGCCGAGAAUAGAAUUAGGACCUGCCGCCUUGCAUGUAAGGCAAGCGCCUGUACUAUAGCCUACCCUUUAUGCGGUCAAGAAUCUGUAUAUAUCAUUCAGUCAACUGACAGGUGGUGGUGGUGUGGGCAUCAAACAACAGGGACCACUUUUAGCCCUAUUCUUAGCCUUAUGUUUAUUUUUUAGUUUAUUUAAAAAGGACUCUCCAAGGAGAAUGGUGGUGCUGGUUCAGCAGGCUGGAUCUGACCAUCUGUGAUGUACUAGGUGGGGAGCGGUGCUUCUCUAGCUUCUAACCCCUCCACCUUCUCCCUAACACAAAGUGUGUGGGCACUUAUCCCGGGCCUGGUAGCUGUCUUUCUGCUUUUUUGGUUUUUGGGCCACACCCGGCUGUUCAGGGAUCAUUCCUGGAGGGACCUGGAGGACCAUAUAGGGCACCAGGGUUAGAAGCUGGGUUGGCAGUGUGCAAGACAAAUGCCCUAACUGUUGUACUCUUGCUCUGCACUGCCCCCCACCCCCAAGUGGCCUGCUUUCCUAUGAGAACCUACUCAAGAGUUAAAAUUCCUGCAUAGUGCUCGCUUCAGCACUACAUAUACUAAAAUUGGAACAAUACAGAGAAGAUGAGCAUGGCCCCGGCGCAAGGAUGACACGCAAAUUCGUGAAGCGUUCUGUAUUUUUUCUAAAAAAUGUCUAUGACAGGCAAAAAAAAAAAAAUUCCUGCAUAGUUCCCUCAGGGUUCAUCCUGGUGACCUCCUGUCUGCUCCAUUUACCGGCAGAAGUUAAACUGCUUCUGCAAAUUCCAGGACUAAGAGAAGAGGUUUCAAGGCCCGGAAACACACCUACCCACCUACCAGCAGGGCCCACACCCUGUGCAGCUCUUGUGUGAUUUUAAUUUUGGCGAAAACUGCACUGGAUGGGAUUUAUUCUAGAGAAAGGGUGGCCAAGCGCCUUCCAUCUAGUUCUGAAAUGGGACCCCGAUUACACACUGGAUACGGCAACUCAAGUGGCGUAUGCCUUUUCUAUGUUCAUUAUACGCUGGGGCGUAAAUCUGAGAAUUUUCUCCAUGCAAACAUGUAAAUUAAACUAUAAACUACAAGAGAAAUGCUACUUACUCCAUUCCAAACAAGAUUGCCUUCCUAUGUAAACAAACAAACAAAAAACCGCCUCUGCUUAAAUGGAUUCUUCCAGAAAAAUCCUAUCCCGUUGGUCGUUUGUGGAGCGACUAGUUGAAGUUUAGAAAUGACAGUAAUUCCUACUAUCAUGAGGCUUAAAAUUUUAUAAGACUUGUAAACUGGAACCUACAUAUCCAUGUGAAUUGGGCUUCCUUUGGUCUUGACUCCACUGGCUAAUAUAUCAUGGAAAUAUAUUGGCUUACCUAUUAGAAUAUACUAGACUAAGAUGCCCCAAAUGUGGCGUUUUUAUGUCGCCGGGCAUCUCAAAGGGUAGAUUUCCUUCCCAGCUUGAAGACCGGUUAACAGCCGACCAUCAGCUGCUGACACGUGCCCAGAGAACACGGGCGAGAAGGGAAAACUAACAGAGGGAAGCUGCCAGGACUUAAGAUGUCCGCCGCAAGGCAGUUGCACCUCCCGGGAAAGGCCUACCCGCUUCCAAAAUGUCUGCCCGCAGUCCUGACGUCACUCCCCCGGCUUCAACAAGCCAGAAAACCAAUGCGCUCCAAUCAGGGCCCGGGCGCCUCACCCAGUGCCCUUGCUUCACGUCACUUCCGGUGGUGCAGCAGCCAUUUUGUCAGUCGCCUGCGGAUCCCGCGCGCUGCAGAAGUGCAGUUCCCCCGGUUACCAACUCCUCCGUUCUCCCCUCCGCGUCGUGGGCGCCGUCGAAGAGCGCUCGCCACCAACACCGCCGCUCCUCCCCGCCAGUGUCACUGCUGCUGUUGCAUCCGCCUCGGUCCCGGGCGCUGUCUUCCGGGCCCCGCUGCCACUGACAGGCGCCCGCGGGGAGCCGCCCGGCAGCGAUGUCCAGCGAGGAGAGCUACCGGGCCAUCCUGCGCUACCUGACGAACGAGCGCGAGCCGUACGCGCCGGGCACCGAGGGCAAUGUCAAGCGGAAAAUCCGCAAGGCGGCCGCCUGCUACGUGGUGCGCGGCGGGACCCUGUACUACCAGCGGCGCCAGCGCCACCGCAAGACCUUCGCGGAGCUCGAGGUGGUGCUGCAGCCCGAGCGGCGCCGGGGGCUCAUCGAGGCGGCGCACCUGGGCCCCGGUGGGACUCACCACACCCGGCAUCAGACCUGGCACGACCUGUCCAAGACCUACUGGUGGCGAGGCAUAUUGAAGCAAGUAAAAGAUUACAUUAAACAGUGUAGCAAGUGCCAGGAGAAACUGGAUCGCUCCCGUCCAAUAUCAGAUACUUCAGAAAUGUUGGAAGAAUUGGGACUGGACCUUGAAUCUGGAGAAGAAAGUAAUGAAUCGGAGGAUGACCUAAGCAACUUUACUUCACUUUCAAAUACUGCCUCCAAAUCUACAAAAAAGAAGCCAGUAUCCAAACAUGAACUUGUAUUUGUUGAUACCAAAGGAGUUGUGAAAAGAUCAUCUCCAAAACAUUGUCAGGCUGUCUUAAAACAGCUGAAUGAACAGAGACUCUCCAACCAGUUCUGUGAUGUUACUUUGUUAAUUGAAGGAGAAGAAUACAAAGCCCAUAAAUCUGUUUUGUCAGCUAAUAGUGAAUAUUUUCGAGAUCUAUUUAUUGAGAAAGGAGCUGUUUCCAGUCAUGAGGCAGUGGUGGAUCUCUCUGGUUUUUGUAAGGCAAGUUUCCUUCCUUUGCUGGAGUUUGCCUAUACGUCUGUGCUAAGUUUUGACUUCUGUAGCAUGGCUGAUGUAGCUGUCUUGGCUCGCCAUCUUUUCAUGUCAGAAGUUUUAGAAAUCUGUGAAAGUGUACACAAACUAAUGGAAGAGAAGCAGCUAACAGUAUAUAAGAAGGGUGAAGUACAAACAGUUGCAUCUACCCAGGACUUGCCAGAACAAAAUGAGGGUCCAGCACCUCCUGUGACUAGCACUGAGGCAACCACGGCAACUUUAUCUACAGAACUUGGGGGCUGUGAAAUUGUGUUACUGGUAAAUGGAGAAUUGCCUGAGGCUGAGCAAAAUGGAGAACUAGAACAACAACCUGAGCCCCAGGUUUCUUCAGAGGCUGAAGCUGCUCUCUCACCUGUAGGCUGUAUAACCGAGUCCCCUCCUGAAAUGGAAUCUGUUGAUGUGGUAACAAAAAGCAACCAGGUACAACUGGAAACCUCAUAUAGUAGAGAAGAUAGCAUGAUCUCUAAUAUGAAUCCUGAACUUUCUAAAGAGAAUGUCAUCAAAAGCUCUCUGGAAAAUGGAGAAAUGGGAGUUGAUGCAUCAGCUGAAGACACCUGUGCUGAAGAUAUUACAGAGCACAUGCAGGAUACUGAGCACCAGCCUUCGAAAGAUGAGGACAAUCUGGUACCAACAGUAAAGACAGAGCUGGGCCCUGAGGAUGAAACUUAUAAGAGCAGGCUUCGGCAGCGUUCUGUUAAUGAAGGGGGAUAUAUCCGACUACACAAAGGAAUGGAGAAAAAAUUACAGAAGCGAAAAGCCAUUCCCAAGUCAGCAGUUCAACAGGUGGCUCAGAAAUUAGUUCAAAGAGGAAAAAAAAUGAAACAGCCCAAAAGAGAUGCUAAAGAGAAUUCUGAAGAAUUGUCCCAUAAAUGUGGGGAAUGUGGAAUGGUUUUCCAGAGACGGUAUGCCCUUAUAACACACACACUGAAACAUGAAAGGACUAGAGAUUACAAAUGUCCGUUGUGUAAAAAGCAGUUUCAGUACAGUGCCUCCUUGCGAGCUCACCUUAUUCGACAUACCAAAAAAGAUGCAUCGACUUCAUCCUCUUCAAAUUCUGCAUCUAAUGAGGCAUCAGGAACAUCAUCUGAGAAGGGCAGAACAAAACGAGAAUUUAUAUGUUCAAUAUGUGGAAGAACAUUACCUAAAUUAUAUUCUCUUCGAAUACAUAUGUUAAAGCACACAGGUGUGAAGCCACAUGCAUGCCAGGUCUGUGGAAAGACAUUCAUCUACAAACACGGGCUAAAAUUACACCAGAGCCUUCAUCAGUCUCAAAAACAGUUUCAGUGUGAACUCUGUGAUAAAUCAUUUGUUACCAAACGGAGUCUUCAAGAGCAUAUGAGUAUUCACACAGGUGAGUCAAAAUACCUUUGCUCAGUUUGUGGAAAGUCUUUUCACAGGGGCUCUGGACUGAGCAAGCACCUGAAAAAACAUCAACCAAAGCCUGAGGUUCGAGGUUAUCACUGUACUCAGUGUGAAAAAAGUUUCUUUGAAGCUAGAGAUCUUCGCCAGCACAUGAAUAAACAUCUUGGUGUAAAGCCAUUCCAGUGUCAGUUUUGUGAUAAGUGCUAUAGCUGGAAGAAAGAUUGGUAUUCCCAUGUGAAAUCUCAUUCUGUCACUGAACCUUACAGGUGUAAUAUAUGUGGCAAAGAAUUUUAUGAGAAAGCAUUGUUCAGAAGACAUGUAAAAAAAGCUACCCAUGGAAAAAAGGGAAGAGCGAAGCAGAACCUAGAACGGAUAUGUGAACAAUGUGGAAGAAAAUUCACACAGUUGAGAGAGUACAGGAGACAUAUGAACAACCAUGGAGGAGUUAAGCCAUUUGAGUGCUUAACGUGUGGAGUAGCUUGGGCAGAUGCCCGAUCUCUAAAACGCCACGUCAGAACACACACCGGUGAACGGCCCUACGUCUGUCCAGUAUGUAGUGAGGCCUACAUAGAUGCUCGGACACUCCGUAAACAUAUGACGAAGUUCCACAGAGAUUACGUGCCUUGCAAAAUUAUGCUGCAAAAAGAUACUCUACAGUUUCACGACCAAGGAACUCAAGUGGAACAUGCUGUUAGUAUCUUAACAGCAGACAUGCAGGAACAAGAAAACAGUGGUCCUCAAGAAAUUGAGACUGUCGUAGUGACGGGAGAAACUAUGGAAGCUCUUGAAGCUGUUGCAGCUACUGAAGAGUGUCCGCUAGUAUCUACGCUUUCUGACCAAAGUAUUAUGCAAGUGGUGAAUUACGUGUUGGCGCAACAGCAAGGACAGAAGCUCUCUGAAGUUGCAGAGGCUAUUCAAACUGUUGAAGUAGAGGUGGCACAUAUUUCAGAAGCGGAAUGAAAAUAGUAAUGGAGGGAAAAAUGACAUCUGACAUGUACUGAAAUCACAGAAUACUUGUUUACAAUACUGUGUGACUAUCUGCUUCGGUGUGUAUGGCAAGGCUCUGGGCUAUUCGGUGAUGUUGAAAUAUUUCCAGCUUGGCUCUUGGCUGCUGUAGAAAAGUUUAUUUGUGUAAAAAAAUUGAAACAAAUCUAUAUGAUGGCAGUAGUUUAUCAUGGUAUACUUUUUAAUUAAUGUUUAUAAAGGACUGUAUUAAAAACUAGUUUCAUUUACAUUUUGACAUAUUUUGGGUUUAAAAGUAAGCCACUCUUUUAUCCUCAAAAUAUACAGGUUCUGUGACUCCCUGUUUAUGGAUUACAAAGAAAAUUCUAAUAUAAAGCAUUUUAGUAGGAUGCAUAGGAAUAUUACAUUUUUUAAAUGCUUCAAGUAUGUGAUUCUUGGCUAUUGAAUUUCUUAAUUCCAUAGUCAGGAAUUUUUCAAUUUUAAAGCACUUAAUGCAUUACAUGUUGUGAUCAAGUUUGCACACUAUACUUAUCUAUAUGGGGAACCCUUAAAUGAAAAAUUUUUAAAUGCUAUUAAUGCAUGAAAUGCCUAUAAAAGCCUUACUAUACUAUCUCUUCAAGGCAAGUAAAUUGACCAUGAACAAAGAAUGUUGUAAUUAAACAUUGUUGAUGGGAAAUUUCUCCUUGAUAAUGUAGGACAAUAAGUGAAAGGGAAAGAAGUUUAUUCUUAUGCUAAAGAAUGAAAAAGUUAAAACUAGGUUUGGUAUGUUUGCAGCUUUCGUAUCAUGUCUGCUUGAUUUUGUUGAAAAACUGCAAUUUAGAAAUAGAAAUAGCAAUAUAGAUAUCUACAGUGGUCCUGUGGAUACCAUGUAAUUGUCAAGUAAUUUCAGAAUUAAAAAAUCUUCAAUACAGCCCUCAUUAUCAAUAUUAAAAGAAAUUGAUUAUGGUCCACCAAAUUAUUGAAACUAUCCAUUAUUUGUGUUUGAUUUUUAAAUACCCACCUCUUUAAGUUAUGCAAUGUUGUGGUUUUUAGAAUAACUUAUGGGGAGCUGCCACAUUUCUCUCCUCUGGGAAACUACCACUCAAGCUAUAAUUGUUAAAAUUAAGCUUUCAAGUAUUAGAAGCUAUUAUAAUGUGUAAAAUUGAGAUAUUAGCAAAUCACAUGUAAAUCAUUCCUGAAGCACAAGAAAAGAAUGUGCCUUGAUGUAUAUAUAUUAAGAUAAUUCUUCCAAUUUAGUUUUAAAAAUGUCUUAAAAGAUAAAGGAUAAAUCUGACACCUUGCAUGCACUAUACUUGCAUAUGUAAUUUUGCAUUUGCAAAUUCAUAUUGUUUCAGUAACUCUUACUUUCCGUUUCAAGCGUGUUGACAGUCUCUAACUUUAUAAUCGGCUGCUUGUUUAUAGAAAUCUUUCGGUUAGUGAAAAUACUUCAACCUGAUUAAAAAUGAAAUUGUCUUUUAUGUUCCAUUCUCUAUUGUUAGAUUUAGUUGUAUAAGAACAUUAAUGUAUGUCAUAAAUAUGUAAAUAAAACAUGUUGAAUCUUGUUUAAAUGCCA